UUAAUGGCUACAUCUUACGUCCGGCUUCUGCUUCUUGUUCUCGCACCACUCCUCUUCUUACCGGCUUUGUGCGCUGUUGAUUUUGGGUACUGCAAUAAAAAUGGAUACGAUUACGGUAACUUCAGUCGUGUAGAGAUCUCUCCGAACCCGGUUGGACCUGAAGACAACUACCUAAACAUUACUGUAUCUGGUUAUGCAAGCAAACAAAUGAACAAUGUAACUAUAGAAGUGUACGCAAAAUCAAAGAAAACUACUGACCUUCUAGGAGGAUACUCUAUCUGUAAGGUGGGUAAUGCAUGCGUAAUUAGAUCUGGCCUCUGUUUUAGUCCUGAAUGCCCUAUUGAAGCUCGCACCAAGUUUGUGUUACCUAUUCCCAAAGUUCAAGUGGAUGACCUUGAGGAUGACUUCAAAUAUGUCGUAUCUCUGCUUGAGGACGAUCUCGUCAACUCUUCUGACUAUGAUGAAAAGUUUAUAGAAAGAAUGUGUGUUGACUUCGUUGUACCUAUGUCGGAUUCCACAUUGGAUUCUGCUUAAUCAAGUCGGUGGGUGGAAAAUAUGUUAUCAAGCAUUUUUAUGAGUUUUUUUCGACAUACUCGCUUGUCUUCCCCCUUUCUUAA